AUGGAAGGGGAGAAUACGGCGAAGGAGAUACUCGACCAUACUGAUGAGGCAGUGCCCCAUUGGGAGUCAUGGUUGCCAGAGGAGGAGGCGUGUGUGAGGAGACAGUUGGAUUGGAGAUUGUUGCCGCUGUUGACAAUCCAGUACAUGCUUUGCUUUCUCGACCGGUGGGUUACUGGAUGGAUAGAGUGGAUAGAGUCGUUGUGAUAUUGCCCUGCUGACACGCCCUCGUCCGGAACAUAGAGCAAACAUCGGGUACGAUGACAGGAAUGACAUGUCACUUGGUGCGCGGUAGCUGAUAGACCUAGGAAUGCACGGAUUCAAGGAAUGCAGAAGGAUCUCGAUCUUGUGGGGUUCAGGUUUAAUUGGGCGCUGACCGUCUUUUAUAUUCCCUAUCUUCUGUGGGUUCCCUUACCGCGGCCGGUUAGGUGACAGCUAACCAGUUGUGCGUGGUGUUGAAGGGUUGAGAUUCCAAGUAAUGUAUUACUUAAGAGGAUAGGUAUUGUGACUUAGGUGCAUUUUUGACCGAGAAGGAAUUAGCCGUCUAACCUCCCUAAUAGGUCCAAAGAUUUACAGUAAUCACCUCCUUCUGCCCCGAUCGCUUCAGCUCUCCGCCGUAACUAACACCUCCGAAAACUAGUCCCCGCGAUGAUAGUAUCAUUCGGUAUAGUGUCAAUGGGGACUGCAUUUGUUCAAAGCUUCCCUGGGCUCUGUGUGGCUCGUGCAUUCCUGGGCCUCACGGAAGGCGGAACCAUGCCGGUAUUGCCCUUUAUUCCUUUAGAUUCCAUCAACCUUACUAAGGGCAUCAGGGAAUGGCAUUCUUCAUGAGCUGCUUCUACAAGCGUAACGAGCUGCUCUUCAGAGUAGGACUCCUUGCCUCGGCUGCAUUGUUCGCCGGAGCAUUCGGUGGGUUCUUGGCGGCGGCCUUGUCGUAAGUCGAUAUGAAUCUAGGAGUACGAGACGACCGAAGCUGAUGAAGCGGGAAUAGACGUAUUCCUGAAUGGGGUACCAAAGGGUCUGAGGUGCAUACGUCCGUAUUCCCCCUCCCCAAAACGAGCCAGGAAUAUGGAUGUUAACUUGCAACCUAGGUGGAGAAACAUAUUCUUCUUCGAAGGCGCAGUGAGUACUCCGUAAUCCCCGCAGGCCGCUACGCGAGCCCUAUUGACGAACAUUUUGUAGAUCACGGUCGGGCUUGGAGUUUGGGGGUACUUUCUCAUGCCCGACUCUCCGCAGACUUGUAUGUUCCUGAGUGGCCGGGAGCGGUGGAUCGCGGCAGAAAGGAUUAGAAUUGAACAUAAAGAAGUAAGCCCGGUCUCCUGCCAUGAUAAGCACGCCUAACUGACGGUCGCAGCUCACAAGGGAGCAAACUGAAUUAUGGCACGUGAAGAGAGCAAUCCUGAAUGUCAACAAUGUAAUUUGUUGUAUGGGAUUUUUCUGCACCAAUAUUACGGUUCAGAGUUUCUCUUUAUUCCUCGUAUGUUGAUUUCUUACUCAUGCUCGGCAUAUCUGACUGAUGUGGAUUCAGCCGACAAUCUUGAAUGCCUUGGGGUGGAGGGCAACAAAAGCUCAAGUAAAUCUCCCUGACCCCACGCCCCUACCGUUGCUGAUAUCUAUAGCUUCUCACUGUCCCUCCAUACCUUGUGGGAUGCUGUUUCUCGAUUUGUAUUGCUUGGCUCUCUGACCGCUAUCGCAAGCGCGGUAUCUUUGUCCUCGUCUGUACAGUUCUCACGUUAACGGGAUACUGCAUUCUUGUAAGUGUGGAUGAAGCAAACGUGAAGUACGGGGCAGUAUUUUUCGCGGCAAGCGGCGCGUUCCCCCUUGGCCCAGCUUUUCUAAGUUGGGGGUUGAACAGUAUGCCUCCCCCACCAACCGCAUGAGAACGAUGAGAGGCAAGUACUAACCACAAUGAGAGUGGCAAAUAGAUGCUGCGGGGCCGUCGAUCAGAGCUAUAACAGGGGCAUAUAUUGUCAGCGUUGGUACUUGUGGUGCAAUCCUAGCGACGUAUGUUUUCUUACGUCCUUCGUGGAAAACAAAGUUUAAUGGAUGGUAUAGGUGGACAUAUAUCCCUUCUGAUGCUCCAAACUAUACCCGAGGGCAUUCAAUCAACCUUGGUAUUCUACCUAUCCUAUUUGUGAUGCCAGCCAGAAUUAACAUCACAACAGGUGGCCAGAUCGGAGCGGCCCUAAUGGGAAUAUUAGGUAUCUUAUACAUUCGUAGAGAGAACACUUUUCGGGAGCGAGGAGGACGGGAACACCGGUUGACGGGGCUAGUGGGGGAGCAAGUGCAUAAGCUAGGCUACCGGCAUCCGGAGUUUCGAUAUAUGGAAUAGCGCUGGGUAGAGGCUGGGUAGAGGAUAUGUUUUAACGUUCGGGGGAUAGCCGUCGAGAUGGCUAGAUAUUCUAUGAUAUGGGCAGAGGUUUUAUCAUGAUUGGAGCUGCAUUUUUCUCUUCUUAGGGUGAAUCUUAGUUCCUGCGGUUGCUCUCGUGUAGGGCAUAGGCUGUUUGCACCCUUGUGAUGCGAUACGCUACUCGUCAGGGCGGGCAUAGGAUAUCUUGAACAUAUAGGUCACCUGGAUGACUGGCAAACCAAGUGGUUGUCAUCCACGAACUCGAAGAGAGCUUCUGGGGAUAUUUGUGAUCACGUUAACGCCAGGUCGGGUGGGAUCCCUACCUGGGAAGAUUCUCAGAUUUCUCAAAAAUGCUAUGCCG